AUGUCGUUCCGCGGUAGAGGAGGUGGGGGCGGCCGUGGAGGUUUUGGUGGCGGAGGCCGGGGCCGAGGUUUCGGCGGUGGUGGCGGCCGCGGACGCGGAGGCGGCGGCGGCGGUGGUUACAGGCAACAAUAUGACGCUGGACCACCUGAAUCCGUGAUCCCGCUAGGUCACUACGGUUGGACGGUACAAGACGACCUCAUAUGUAAAGUAGAUAUCGAAGACGUGCCGUACUUCAACGCGCCCAUUUUCUUAGAAAACAAGGAACAAAUCGGCAAAAUCGACGAGAUAUUCGGCAACCUCCGCGACUACUACGUUUCAGUGAAGCUCGGGGAGAACAUAAAAGCCAAGAGUUUUAAAGAUGGGCAGCAAUUCUUCAUCGAUCCCGCAAAGUUGUUGCCGUUGAAGAGAUUUCUGCCACAGCCGCCUGGUGCCAAGAGAGGCGGUGGCGGGCGUGGUGGUCGCGGCGGGCCGAGGGGUGGGAGGGGCGGCUUUGGCGGUCGCGGGGGCGGCGGCGGUUUCGGUGGUGGUCGCGGCGGCGGUGGCGGGUUCGGCCGAGGCGGCAGCGGCGGUAGAGGUGGCGGUUUCGGCCGAGGUGGUGGCGGAGGUUACGGCGGCGGACGAGGCGGAGGCGGCAGGGGAGGCGGCUUUAGAGGCGGACGCGGCGGCAGAUAG